UCCCCAGAUGGGUGCCCCAAAUCCCCCAGACCCCCCUUCCCGUGGGACGGGCCCGCCGACCCCCCUCUCAACUCCCGUAGGGUGAGACCCUCGAACUCCCAGACCCUGUUAUGGGUCCCCCAAGCCCCCCAGGCCCCCCCAGGAUGGGACCCCCUGAACUUCCCUCCCGCAGGACGGGACUCCCCAAAUCCCACAACCCCCCAGGCCCCUGAUACGGGACCCCCGAGCCCUCCUGAUCCUCCCGGAUGGGACAUGACCCCCCAAGCCCCCCGUGAGCCCCCGGGCCCCUUAAUAUGGGACCCCCGAGCCCCCCCAUCCCCCCUUAGCCCCACUCGAGUGGGACCCCAACUUCCACCUGACCCCCUUUCAUGGGAUCCCCGACCCCCCUUGACUCCCCUCCCGCAGGGUGGGACCACCUGACCCGCCCGUCCCCCUCUGUCCCCCCCGAUCCCCCCCUGUCCCCCCCAACCCCCCCCGUCCCCCCCCGCUCCCCGUCCCGGGUCCUCCUGCGCUGCAGUUCCCGCUCUCACCGCCGGGGGCCGCUCUGGCUCCGCCCCUCCCGGGGCCGCUCCGCCCCCCCCCCGCCCCGCCCCCGCCGGGCCAAGAUGGCGGCGCCCAGCGCGCGCACGGUGCUGGUGCGGGGCCUGCCCCCGAGCGCCACCGGGCCGCUCCUCGAGAGCCUCUUCGGGGCCCUCGGGCCGCUCCGCCGCUGCUUCGUGGUCACCGAGAAGGGCUCCCCGAAAUGCCGCGGGUUCGGGUACGUGACCUUCUCGCUGCCCGAGGACGCCGGGAGGGCCCUGCGGGACCCCCCCGAGCUGGGGGGGCGGCCCCUGGGGGUGUCCCUGGCCCGGCCCCGCCCCAAGAGGGACAGGGGGCCGCGGGGGGGGGCAGGAGGGAGAGGGCGAGGGGGGGGAGUCCCCCCCAGAGCCCCCCGGCCGAAGAAGCCCCGCCCACCCUCCCGCAAGGCCCGGCUCAUCCUGCGCAACCUCAGCUUCCAGUGCUCCGAGGACGAGCUCCGGGGUCUCUUCGCUCCCUUCGGCCCCGUCCUGGAGCUGAACAUGCCCCGGAAACCUGACGGGACCCCGAGGGGCUUCGCCUUCGUCCAGCUCAGGAACGUGCAGGAGGCGGCGGCGGCGCUGGGGGGGCUCAACGGGGCCCAGCUCAGAGGUGGGGGGGCUGGGGGGGCUCAACGGGGCCCAGCUCAGAGGAGGGUCCCGGCCCCCCCUGAGCCCCCCCUGAGCCCCCCCUGUGCCCCCCAGGGCGGGGGGCUGCGUCUGGACGGGCGGGUGCUGCGUGUGGACCCCGCCCUGAGCCACCAGGCCCAGCAGCUCCGGGGGGAGUCGGGGGGGGCCCAGCCCAGAACUGGCACCAGGAACCUCUACCUGGCCGGGAGGGGGGUGACCAUCCGCCCGGGCUCGCAGGCGGCCCAGGGGGUCAGUGACGCUGACAUGGCCAAGAGGGCACGGUUCGAGGAGCUGAAGCGGCGGCGGCUGCAGGACCCCAACGUGGGGGUGUCCCGGACCCGGCUGUGCCUGCACAACCUGCCCAAGGCCCUGGACACCCCCCGGCUCAGGGCCCUGCUCCGGGGGGUCCUGCGCCACAGCGGGGGGGCCCCCCCGCACAUCAAGGAGUGCCGAGUGAUGCGGGAGCUGCGGGGUCAGGGCCAGUCCUUGGGCUUUGCCUUCGUGGAGUUCGAGGCACACGAGGAGGCUCUGGGGGCCCUGCGGCGCCUCAACAACAACCCCGAGCUCUUCGGGCCCCACAAGCGCCCCAUCGUGGAGUUUGCCCUGGAGGACCGGCGGAAGCUGCGGCUGCGGGAGCAGCGGAUCCAGCGCGGGCUGCUCAAGGCCAAGGCGAAGGCGGCCGAGGCUGCGAGACCCCCGGAGACCCCCCAGGGCCCCCCGGAUCCCCCCAAGGGCUCGGGUGGGCAGGCCCCCCCCGAAGGCCCCCCCCGCCAAGGCCCCCCCCGCCAAGGCCCCCCCGGGCCCCCCCGGGACCCCUGGGCCGGGUUCCGCACGCAGGGCCCGGGGCGGGGGGCACCCGGGACCCCCCGCAACAGGGUGCUGGCAGUGCCCUCGCACCGGGGGCCCAAGAUCAGGAAACGGGACAAGGGGAAGGCACAGCCCCCUCCCCCAAAACCCCCCAAGGCCCCCAAGGCCCCUCGGCGGCAGGAGAAGCGCCAGGAGACCCCUCCCCAGAAGCAGCGGCGGCGCCGGGGGGGUCCCGGGGGGUCCGAGGCAAAGUUCAACGAGCUGGUGGAGAGGUACAAGAGGAAGAUUUUGGGGAGCCAGCCCCCCACGGCCCGAGGGGGAAAGUGGUUCGAGAGCUGAGAUUCCCCCAGCACCCCAAACUCCCCCCCAGCACCCCAAACUCCCCCCGGGGGUGCUGGAAAGGUCCCAGGCCCCACACCCCCUGCUGUGGGGGUUUGGGGUCCCUGCUGGGGG